GUGCUCAGUCGAGCAUUCAAAUCGAACCAAGAAGCAACGAGCCCCAAGAUGCACGCGCUUCGAGUUAUCUGCCAAGUCCUGUGCACUUUGUCCGUGCUGCUGGGCUGCAGCCAGGCGGCGCCUGCGGACGAGGAGCGGCUGCAGCUGAACGCGGACACGCCGUACAUGAGGCAGCUGCUGCGCAAUGCCAAGGCAGCCGAAAUGCAGAGCUUCAUGAACCAGAGAGCCGAUCCGUGCACCGACUUCUAUGACUUUGCCUGCGGCAAUUGGUCGCGCAUCAACUCGGCCAUCAGCCUGAGUGAGUUCACCACGGGACUGUUCGAGACGCUGACCAAAGCGCUCAACCGCAAGCUGGCGUUGAUCCUCACCAGUCCACCGAAUGCGAACGACACGCGCGAGGAUGUGCAGGUGAAGCACUUCUACGAGUCCUGCACGAGACUGGGGGAGCUGAAGCCCACCUAUGCGCAGAAGCUGAAGAGUUUGAUUGCCGAAUUCGGCUCCAUGCCAGUGCUGGAGGGUUCCUCGUGGCAGGAGGAGAACUUCGAUUGGCUGGAGACGACGGCCCGCAUGGACUACCGCUAUGGCGUGGGCUCCAUCCUGAGCAUCGAAGUCACGAAGGACUUUGCCAACAAUCACCUGAACAGGGUGUAUGUCGGCCAGCAGGAUUUCCCGCUCGAGUCGCGUGCCAUGUACGUGGACAACAGGACCCAAACCUAUCGCCGUGCCCUGCGGGACCGCAUGCAGAGCACAAUGGAGCGCUUUCUGGGCGUGGAGAAGGAACUGGCCAAGACCACGGCCCAGGAGCUGCUGGACUUUGAGGUGAGUCUGGCCCGUGGCCUCGCCGAUGAGAGCGAUGGCGUGGACAUUGCCUCCAUGGCCAAGCUGAUGACGGUGGCCGAGAUGCACAGACGCUAUGCGCCGACUCUGGACAUUGAGCGCUUUGUGCAGAUCAGCAUGGGCGAGCGGAUCACGGACCAGGUGUACGAGUACAACGAGGACUAUCAGCGGAACCUCGUUCUGGUCAUGCAGCGCACGCCCAAGCGGGUCGUGGCCAACUAUUUGUUCUACAGCAUGAUCAAGGACUUUGCCGUGACGGCGCCCAAGACGGCGGAGAGCAAGAAGGAGAUGUGCAUCGGCCUCACCAAGAAGAGCUUCGCCAAGAACCUGGACAACAUGAUCUAUCGCAGCUACAAGAACGAGAAGACUGCCCGGGAAAUCGAGAGCAUGUGGAACCAACUCAAGUCCACCUUCAACGAGACGCUGCGCUCCAGCCAGCUGCUGGACUGGAUCGACCGACCCAUCCGCGAGAAGGCCAUCGUCAAGCUCGAGGCCAUGACACUCCAGGUGAACUCCUACGCGGACUACAACUUCACCGAAGAGUUUGAGGGUCUCAAUCUGCAGAGCGCCGACUAUGUGGAGAAUCUGCGUCAGGCCACCAUCCUGGGCGUCAAGAAAAUGCGCGCGGAGCUGCAUCAGCCGGCCAAGCCGCUGGAGGCGGGCGAACUGCUCAGCUACACGCCGGCCAACAUCCUCGUGGAGAAUGCCAUCAAGGUGCCGGUGGCACUGCUGCAGCCCUUCUAUCUGUGGGCCAACGCCUAUCCCAGCGCCGUCAUGUUCGGCUCCCUGGCGGUGCUCAUUGGCCACGAGCUGAUCCACGGCUUCGACGACUCUGGCCGUAAGUUCGAUGCCCGCGGCCAGUUCCACGACUGGUGGGACGAGACGUCCGCCAAUAACUUUCUGGAGCGCCAGACAUGCUUCACGGAACAGUACGGUGGCUAUGUCUACGACGGCAUUCCCCUCAAGCGGUCCGUCUCGCAAUCGGAGAACAUCGCGGACAACGGGGAGUGCGUCUGGCCUAUACCGCCUAUCGCAAAUGGCGAGGAGCUGCUCAGGGAGACUCUGCCCACACUGGACUACAACAGCAAGCAGCUGUUCUUCAUCAGCUAUGCCCAGGUCUGGUGCAACGAUGCCCAUCCGCAGGUGAAGGCCAUACAGGUAUCCACGGACCAGCAUGUGCCCGGCAAGUUUCGCGUCAUCGGACCGCUAUCAAACUUUGAUGAGUUCUCCAAGGAGUUCAACUGUCCCAUCGACUCCCCCAUGAAUCCACGCGAGAAGUGUUUGCUCUACUAG